UAUCACAUACUUCAUUGACCAAUUCUUGGUUCCUCUCUCUUGUUUCUCCAAAUUGUAGUUCCUAUUCCAUUCUUUUUUGGUUCUUGUACUUCUAUUUUUGUUUGAAGAAGAGGAGGUUGGGAUUUCUCAAUCAGUGCUUUUAGAGACUGAAACAGUAGAGACAAAUGGGAUCAUCGGAAUUGUCAGCUUUCUCGGGGGCGUCAUUUUCAUCGAGCAUAGGAGAUUCUGCGGAAUUUGACGUGGAAUUAACGUUGAAUGACAGGCUAAAAGUCUUCAAAACUUCUCAAUUUGAUUGCAAGGGCUACAUCACCUCAAAAUGCCAUGCCACGAAUGAAAAGGAAAUAAGGCACUUGUUCGCUUAUCUGGUAGAUUUAAAGAAGGCGUCUGCGGAGGAAAUGCGUAAAAGCGUGUAUGCUAAUUAUUCAGCCUUUAUACGCACAUCCAAGGAAAUUUCAGAUCUUGAAGGAGAGCUUCUUUCCAUGAGAAAUCUUUUAUCAACUCAGGCAGCUCUAGUUCAUGGUUUGGCUGAAGGAGUUGGGGUUGAUUCCUUGUCUGCUGAUUCCGAUAGUUCAACAAAAGAGGACACAUCUGAUGUUACACAUAGGGAACCUACUGACAUGGAAAAAUGGUUAAUAGACUUUGUGGAGAAUCUUGAUGUUUUAUUAGCUGAAAGGAGAGUGGAUGAAUCAUUGACCGUCUUGGAUGAAGGGGAAAGAACAGCACAAGAAGCUAGUAAUAGGCAAACAUUGAGCCCAUCUGUUUUCUUAUAUCUGCAGGCUGCUAUUAAAGAAGGAAGACAGAAGUUGGCUGAUCAGCUUGCACAUGUUGCCUGCCAAACUUCUACCUCUGGUCUUGAGCUUCGUUCAACUGUUCAAGCCCUAAAGAAACUGGGGGAUGGCCCUCAUGCUCAUAAAUUGCUGCUUAAUUCUCACCAUCAUAAUUUGGUGAACAAUAUGCGUAUUCGCCCAUCAAGCACUUCAUAUGGAGGAGCAUUUACUGCUGCUCUUUCACAUCAUGUCUUCUCAAUCAUUGCCCAGGCAGCAAAUGAUUCCUUGUCAGUUUUUGGUGAUGAGCCAGCAUAUGCAUCUGAGCUUGUGACUUGGGCUGUCAAGGAGACCAAGACUUUUGCUCUUCUGGUAAAGAGACAUGUUCUAGCCACUUCGGCAGCUGCAGGCGGUCUAAGACUUGCUGCAGAAUGCGUUCAAACAUGCUUGGGUCACUGUUCCUUGUUAGAAGCUCGCGGAUUAGCCCUUUCUCCUAUUCUAUUGAAACUCUUCAGGCCUUGUAUAGAAGAGGCACUGACUACCAACUUAAAAAGAAUUGAACAGAGCAGCUCUGCUCUAGCUGUUGUAGAUGAUUGGACACUUGUCUUACCACCAGCUGGUAUACGCCCUCUUGGUGCAUGGACAUCAUCUCUUGGUAGUGCGAUUGCAUCACAGCUGAAGCUUUCAACCAGUGCUCACAGAUUCAAUUCAAUGGUUCAGGAAUUCUUUGAGGAGGUAGGGCCCCUUGAGAGCUUGCAGUUGGGUGGUUCCACAUUGGAAGGUCUUUUACAAGUUUUCAACUCCUACAUCAAUUUGCUGAUACAUGCACUGCCAGGUACAAUGGAAACUGAGGAUAAUCUUGGUGGCUCUGGGCAUAAAAUUGUUCGAAUGGCAGAGACUGAAUCUCAACAACUAGCUCUGCUGGCAAAUGCAUCAAUGCUAGCAGAUGAACUGCUUCCACGUGGUGCUAUGAAGCUUUCACCCUUGCACCAGACUGGUAGAAUGGACACCCCUGGAAGAGUUUCAGACAGGCAAAACCGAUUCCCGGAGCAUAGAGAAUGGAAGAGGAAGCUUCAACGUGCUGUUGAUCGAUUGCGAGAUAGCUUCUGCCGACAACACGCUCUUGAACUCAUCUUCACGGAAGAUGGUGAAAUCCGUUUGACUGCAGAGAUCUAUACAAGCAUGGAUGGAAGUACAAAUGAGCCUGAAUGGUUCCCAUCUCCAAUAUUUCAGGAAUUUUUUGCAAAAUUGACCCAAAUAGCAAGCAUUGCAACGGAUAUGUUUGUGGGAAGGGAAAGGUUUGCAACUAUUCUACUGAUGAGACUCACAGAGACAGUGAUCUUGUGGCUUUCUGAUGAUCAAAGCUUUUGGGGAGAGAUUGAGGCUGGGCCAAAGCCUUUGAGCACUUUUGGACUUCAACAGUUUUAUUUGGAUAUGGAGUUUGUGAUACUCUUUUCAUCCCAAGGUCGUUACUUAUCUCGUCAUCUGCAUCAAGUUAUCAAAAACAUCAUAGCUAGAGCCAUUGAUGCAUUUGCUGCUGCAACUGGAACAGACCCAUAUAGUGUGCUGCCAGAGGAUCAAUGGUUUGCUGAGGUUGCUCAAAUAGCUAUGAAGAUGCUGACUGGAGAAGCCAACUUUGGAAAUGUAGAUCAUGAUGCAACCAGUCCCACUGCAUCAAUCUUAUCUCAUGGGAGUACCUAGUUGUUUAACCAUUCAUCAUGAUGUGUAUAUCAUACAGAAAAGGACCUGGUAUUCUUCAUACGCCUAUUUUCAGCUCUCCCAUUUGAUUUGUCAAAUUGCUACCAGAGUCUAUGACAACUUUUACAUUUCUUAGCAAAUGAUUAUUUGUUUCAUUAUCAGAACUCACGAGUCAAAACAUCUAUGUGGGCAUGGAUUGAUUCUCUUGAAUUUGGUAGCCUGGUGUUAUAUAUAUUAGCCCCCUGACCCCAGUGGAAGAGUCGCUAGUUUUACCUAUGAUAUGUUGUAGGCAUUUGAAACUAGUCCACUUAGCUUGAGUAUGGCCUCGUAACAUUUCUGUUUUCAGCAUUUGACCUUUUUAUUUGAUUGUGUACACUACCAACUUGUGUGUUUGGAUAGUGUGCAUUAGAGACCGGGGGCAUGAAGCAACUUGGCCGCCAUUAAACCGAGUUCUUCACGGUUGGGUGUAUCCAUCUUCCUGAAUGCAUAACCAUGUCAAAUAUCCAGAACUGAAGCAUAGCCACAUUUCUCCGGGGGUUGGAAUCUUCUCUCACACUCCUUAGACCUGAAAAUUACAGUCGUCUUCAACAGUGGCAGCUUAUCACUUACAAUCCUGCAAUUCUAGAAUGUUUUUGUAGUAGUACUUCUGAUUUUAUUUUUCUUUUUUUCUGUUUUUGACCUUUUGCUUUGAAAUGAAAAACAAUUUAUCAGAAGGGCAGAAAACAAUCAACUUGUGAAAUGGUAGGAAGCAUGAUGGCAAAAAUUGGUGUCUCCUUGUAUAA